AUGUUCUUGCAAGUUCCUUUUGAGUGUGACUAUACGGCGGAGGUGGGUGAAAAUCGACGGUUAGAGUGGCGAGAACCCGUCAACAUCCCCCAGGACACGCAGACCCUUAGCCGGCUAAUAGACAGCAUCCACCAACAUGGUAAAUCGGGAGGAAACGUUGCAUUUAUGGGUACAAUGGAUAUUAUCACACAUGCUAGAACACCUUUUCUAAUUAAAAGCCUUCGACGUGGGGCCAUUCUCGCUCUGCGGCGUCUCUUUCUAAGAGCUGAUCCAUUCAGUAAAGACUGGAAUGGCAUAGGCCCCGGACUUGCCAUUUUCAAUAAAUUGGUAAAUUCUUCGGUUGAAGUGCGCAGCUGUCUCCUUGACUUUUGGCCCUUAAUUUUGCGGCCACUCAAUUUUGUCUUCCAGAAGCUGGAGGAGCUGAAGCAAAAGCGCACUAGAUUUUGCAAUGCGCUGGGGUUCGAAGAAUGCGGGACCAAUCGUUGGGACGAAAGGAUUGAAACAUUUCAAGAACAAGUAUUGCCUUAUAUGAUCAGUGAUCCUCGUGUUAUAUUACAGAGGGAGGGUGCAGGUUGGAUCACCAUGUCUGACUACAUGAGGAGCUUAGAGCUUAUAUUUUUGGUAGCACCAGAUCGAACGCAAGAGUCGGUAGAUCGAAUAUGCCGGCUCAAUUGUACCAUCAACCUACACCAUACCCCUAUCCAGGAGAUAAUGCCCUAUGAUCUGCAAACAGAACGGGAAACCUUACCUGGGCCAAGACUCCAUUUUUUCAACUUUCUUGAUCGGUUUGAAGUUGGCCACUGUGUUGGGCAUGGGGCUAUACAAGAAGACAUUGCGCUAAAGGCUGAAUGGGACUUGCAGGCCGUGAGGUUGGACAGAUUUGAACUCCUUGGUAGUAUAGAACACGAAACAGUCAACACUGGAGUUGCUCUUAGAGAUUCAAACUCAGCAAAAACCGAAGGAAGAAAUGAAAAGCAACCCCUGUCCAAUCGAUCAGCCACUGCUUUAAGCUUCAAUCCAAGGGAGCCUACGUCUGCUUCAGAGACAGAUUUUCGAGAUUUAUUAACGACGACAGCGAUUAAAGUUCCGGACAGGGUAAAGCAUAACAUCAGUAGAGGCAAUGGGUCCGAAAAGAUCACCGCUAAGAGGAUGGAGGACAAAUCCGAUACAUGGGCUAUAGCACUCCCAGUAUCGCGACGCCUGAAACAGGAUCCAAGACAAUCCAAGUGGUUUCGAAAAGCUGUAAAACCCCUUAUUAAUUCGCUAUGCUUACCCGAAAGCCAUAAGGAGGCCGACAAAAUAGUUUAUGCAGGGUACGAAACAAUUCCAAAUAUAAGAACUCAUCCACUUACGCUCAACAUCCUGACAAUUCCAGAUAAGGUCUACAGACCCAGCAGUCAUCAUCAAGUCUGA